AUGAGUGCUGCUAUGAAUUUUACACACUGCGGCUCUGUGCUGGUAACGGGAGCCAGCCGAGGUCUCGGGCAGCAAACAGUUGACAGACUGGCAAGAGGUUUCUCACCUGGCAAAAUGAUAACCACAAGAAAAGCCCGAGAGCAAACAGGUAAACAUCGAUACCCACUGAUAAGGGGCAAAAAUGCAGGAAUCAGUGUGGUGGCCAACUUUAAUAUUGAAGCAGAGAAGAUGAUAGAAAACGUUCACACUAAUGCUGUGGCUCCUCUAAUUAUCACCAAGGUUGAUUCAAUCUGCAGCUGGGAUGUUUUUGUUCUGGGAUGUUUAAGCAAGCUCCAUCUAGAGGAGGAGCAGGGUAUCCAGAGGGUAGCAGUCAUUAACAUGGCCUCUCUGCUCGGCUCUGGGAAACUUAACUGGGAGGACCUGGCCAACAUCUUCAAAUGGAACCCCUACAAGGUGUCCAACUUAUUGUUACCAUUGGAGAGACUGCGGAAAAGCUCUGUCCCAGCUCCGGCAAUCCGAGAUAGUGCGGGACAAGCGUUCGAGUAA